AUGGCAGGAAAGCUAUCGUCACCAAACUUUCGGCCGCUGAAGCCCAAGAGCCGACUGAACAAGAACCCGCCAUCGGCGCGCGAUCAUGAGUUGAACAUCGAAUACCUGGUACAGCAACUCGAGGCUUUCCUCAGCAAGCUCCCGACCGACAGCGACGUCAUCGACUUCAUUCUGUCACUGAACGACGUAGGGGACUACAAUGAGGGGCUGAAAGCGGGCUACCUUUCGUUCGCCAAGAUGAUCGACGAUUUCGCUAAUUCCAAGGGUGAUGCCUUCUACUUUGCCAAAAUCAAGGGCUGGAAGGACAAUCUCGAUACCUGGAAAGAAGAUCCCAAGGCUGGUGAAGAAUGCCUCGUAGCCUGGCUCUGUGAUAAUUUUCAUGAUCAAUUCCCGGUCUCUGUCGAUGGGCCCCAGAGUGCAGCUAGUAGCUCUGCGGCUUCGGACUCUUCGGACGAUUCGUCACUCUCGAUGAUGUCGACUGGUUCUACUUCUGCAGCGGAUACUCACGUCAAUGCUGCAGUGGAGGAACCCUCGACUCCGUCGCCCUCAAAUGACUCUUGGCUCACAGUAGACGCCAUAGUCCAGGCCUUUGAAGAGGACGAAUCGGCUCCUCCAACUCAGCAAUUAUCCCGGCUAGAAUCACGCCCUGAGAAUGUAGGACCGGCCUACCUCUCAGCAAUCUCAGACGGUGAUAACGCAGACAACACACGCACCGCCAUUUCUGGUUGUGAGCAGGCUGCCCCUUUAUCUGUGUCAGCUCCCACUAUGCCUGCUCAACCUGUUGAGGCUACGCCGGCAAUCCCUAUGCAUCUCGUUAACUGGGCGGUUGGUAUGUUGGAGCCAGGAAUCGAGAAGCUGAACGAGUUGAUACUCGCUGGAGGACCACCCUACAUGCCAUGGGCCAUCAAACCCACAAUGUUUAGGACACGGGCCCUUCGAUUCGUAGAGUUCAUUCGCCGGAAAGUACAGGAGCCAGCCAACCGCGAGAAAGCCCGUGAUUAUGGGGAGGAUGAGAUAGGAUGGUUCCGGAAACGCGUUCCCGAAUACGCCAACGAGUUCAAGCUUUGGGUAGAUAACGAGACACUCUGGGUGUGGUGCCGCUUUCUCCAUAGCGCCGACAAAGCCGUCUUCAAGGCAAUUCCCACGGAGUACAUGUCGACUUCAGACGAACAGAAUAUCCUCGGCCGAAAUUUGCGGAUCAUACAAUGUGCCAACGAACCUUGGAUGUCUCCCGAAGCUGCUCGGCGAACAUUGGCCCAGGAUCGACUACGAAAAGCCUUCGACGGAAUGAGUUACAAGUUUCUGCCAAUGGAACAACUAGUUUACGGCCAGGGUCUCUGCUACAAGCAGUGGCUUCCGUCCCCGAACGACCUCAAGAAAUUCUUGGAAGAGCAGGUCCACGAGGAGGCACAAGACUCUCCUACGCGUUAUUGGCACCUCGUCGACCAGUACCAGAAGCAGAUCGAGCAGUGGGCCAAGAAUGAUAACUUCACUGCGUGGGCUGAUUUCUUGCAUCAGAAGCUGCCCGAUCAGUUCCCAGCACCACCGCGCAACGGGGAUCUGUCAGACGAUGAAGAUGAGACGGACGAGACAGAUAAGGCGAUGGACUUUGGCGACGGCGGCUCUGACAUUGAGCCUUCUGUGCACCAGCCUGCUGAUGUCAUCGGUACGACCGAGGCGGGCGACGCGAUGGAUCUCAGCGAGGGCUCGAACGGCAACGCCAAUGGUAACAACUUCUUUGACUGGUCAAACGCUACAGCUGGCAACUCCUUCAGCCCUUCGAUGCCGAAGGCACCGAGUGGUAAUUUGGGCGCUCCAAAUCCCUCUUUUGCUGGCGUUGACCAGACUACGGCAUCGCCUUUCGAUGGAUCAAGCACUCUGACCGCAGGUGCUGCUCAGUCUGGGUCCUCAUUCGUCCCGUUAUCUACCAGCACCAAUGCACAUGCCACUGAGCCAGAUAGCAUCGCAGCGAGUACCGCAGAUCCGCUUGCGUUCUUCUCUGGCUUCAAGAUUCCGGAUGCAGCCUUUCAGCCAGUCGAGGAUCCAGGAUUCAGCUCCACGCGGCUCGACAAGCAGCGUAAGAAGCUUGCCUCUUCAGCAGAGCGAUCAGUGGCCGCAGCGGGCACUGAAGCACCUCAGGCCGGGCCUGCAGCUCAGCAGCAGCCAGCGCUCGUGCCAUCCUCUACUGCUGACCAAGAGAUGAAGGACGCCGAGCCCUUAGUUGAAGUGAGCGGCGCAAAUGGUAUUCCUGCUACCAUUUCGGUGCAGAACCAGCCGGCUCAGCCUAGUGGUUUCUCGGCCUUCUCAAGCUCCGGACUCUUCGCGAAACUUGGCGGUGGUGGUGACCUAUCCAAACUUACUGCUCCGGAGCAGCCGUCGUUCAGCUUCAACGCUGCAAAUACCUCUGAGGCUCCGAAAGCUGCAUUUGAUCCUUCCCAGUUCAAGGAUGUCGUCUCUUUUGCUCCGCAACCCUCGCCCUUCGGGACCGCAUCAAAUGUUGGCAAUCCUUUUGGUGUGACACCACUCUUCGCUGGCCAGAGCACGUUCGCGCCUCUGUCGACUACGGCUGGAUCCACUCCGACUCAGCGGGCGGUCAUCAAUGGUGAUGAUACCAGCACUCCUGCAAACGCUGAGGGUCAACAAGUUGCCGAACCCGGUCUACCUCCACAGGACGAGGAAAUGAAGGAUGCAGAACCAUCGUCAGAGCGGAGCGGAGCCCAGCAGCUCCCUGCUUCCACGGUAGCGAUAGAUGCUCAGCAACACGACAUUCAGGAGCUCAUGCCUGCCUGGAGAGAGGAGACGCCAGCCAGUGAACAGAACGCACUGUGGCCCGAAGCCGGUUUGCCCUUACAGUUCGGUACAGGCAACACGCCUGGUGGCCUCUUCUUUGGACAAGCUUCCUCAUUUUCCCAAAUGCCAGCCGCUUCAGUCCCUAUCGACAUUCAGACUGAACAGUGGCCCAUGGACCGCAUCAUGCCACAGCUGGAUGAGAGUGCGCAGCAGCCGCAGCAGCUGGGCAAUACUUCUGCAAUGCCACACGACGAGUCCGAACUUGACCGGGCCCUCGAAGAGAUCCUUGGGCGGCUUGAUAUCACAUCAAACCCAGAAGCGCCUCUGGGUGAGCUUUCCACUCAGCCGGAGGAGGUUUCCACCGUGCUAGCCGCUAAUUGGGAUGGCUUGGAACCUCAGGAUGCCUUCGGCGGAGAGAUUACCAUUACUGCUCCGGAAGGUAAAGAACCUGUCAUCGAGCCUUCCGUCAACGCUCCUGUUGAGACCCCUUGGGCUGAGGGCGAAUAUGCGGAGCCUCAACAGCCGGCUCCCCCGCAGAACCUAGAGAUUCCGGCUGUAGAUUUGAACGAUGCACUGCCGAAGGAGGAGAUCGAAGUGGUUUCUCCGGAGAAUUACGCCUCAGAUGAUGACCAGGAGUUAGAAGAAAUAUGCUCGCGUCAGAUUUACGAGAACUCACCGCAAAACGGGGGUGCCAACGAGCCUCUGUCAGGAGAGUCGGACUCGUUGUUUGGCGACGAGGGUGGCAAUUCAGAUGCUAUCAGCCCGGAUGGACUUGAACUCGUGUGGGACGCCCCUCUACAGGCGUCUGAGAACCCUGUUGUCGACAUGUACGAAGCACCGCUCAAAGAGCCAGCCCACCAAUCUUUGACGGAUGAUCAGGACCCCAUUAACGGCGACAAUGGCGACAACCCAGAUGAUGUGCCGCCGCAUGAGAAUCAGACUCUCAAUCUCUCGUUGGAUAAUGAGGAUGUGGUUCAUGGAGAUAACGAUCCCGCCUUGAAGUUGAGCGAGUCCAGCAAUUCUCCUGGUGCCCCGCCUGCGGCAGCGCCCGAACAAGACGAGCUUUGCCAGGACGCUCAUGCAAGCACGCCUGAGGUUCCGGGCGUGGAUCUGAACGCGUCGCUGCUCGACGAGGCCGCAAACGUACCUUUGCCAGAAGACAUUGGCUCCAUUUAUGGUGGUGACGGCGCCGACGCCGGAGGUAUGCAGACGGAGGAGAGCCACGGCCAUCCUAUUCCCGACGGGGUUGAGGCUCAGCAGAAUAUGACUGUCGCUGAAUCCAGCAAUGCCAGCGAUCUUUCUACUCCCCCGCCACCAACAGAGCCGGAGCAGUCUAAGCCAAACCAGGAGGAGGAAGGCCGAAAUCCGCUAGAUGGAGAAGACGGAUCAGGCCUCCAGGAUGUCUAUAGCGACCUAAACUCCGGUCAGUCGGAAACUGGAAAUGAAGACGUGGGUUCCGGCCUUGUGGAUACGAAGUCGGAGAAUCCCCCGAUGGUAACUCAGGGAGUUGAGGGUGAAAAGCAGGAGGCCGGCGCCAUAGAGCCGAAAUUGGCAAACUCUGUCGAUCCCGACACGGCUCCAGCACAGGCUCCCGCCCCAGUACCGGCUCCAACCCCAGCCCCAGCGCCGGUCAUCAGUUUCGAUCAGGCGCAGCUCAUCGCGGCGUUGAAUGCUGUUCUCGGUCCAGUGACCACCCAGCUGGCCGAUCUUACGUCUGGAAUGAACACCAUCAUGACGGGCAUGGGCGCCAUGGAUGCCAAACUGGACGACCUCUCAAGCGAGAUCAGCCUGGUCAAGGAGCAGCAGCGUAACACUCAAGUCCCUGCGCUUCCCCAACCAUCAGCCGAUUCUGAGCGCUUGGCAAAGUUAGAAACCGAGCAGACGCGGCUGGCAGAUGGCAUGCAGGAGCUCAAUGACCGGGUCCAUGGGGUACAGACCCGCCUGGAAUCUCUCGACGGGCUCGUCAAGGACAAGUUUGGGCAUCCUCUCCCGUCCGUUGAGAAGAUGCUAGAUGAGCUUGUAAUCAAGCCAGCCGAGGAGUCUAAACCUGCAGCUGGUAUCGCUGGCAUAUCUACCUCAGGUGGCGAUGUAGCGAAAACCAGGGUGGAAGAAGUUGUUAAGGACCCCGCUUCCGACAGCAAGCCUGUCGAGAAUCAUCCGGAUGAGCCUGCUACUGAGGCUAAGGACUCCAAGGCGCUAAUCGGUCCGCUAAAGAACACCACGGCCCAGAACACAGUCGAGCAGCCAGAAGCAGAGACCAUGGUCGUCGUCCUUGCUGACGAUAAUAAGGGUACUGUUAAGACGACCCUCUCCUCCGGUCAAGUUGAACAACAGCCCACGAAGCGUGUCUCCGUCGACGUCUCCAAGCCGAAGCAAGUCAGCAACUGGUGGCGCGAUCUCCAUGUCGAGCUGGUCAAGCUCCGCAAGCCUUCAGAAACCACCGACUGCUUUGAAGUCUACCUCUUCGUCUGGGAGCGGCUGAAAGCGCUCGGCAUGCCACAAGACAAGAACGUCCCCAUGGGCGCGGCUUUGUGUGAUCUGGUCUGGUUCGUAAUGAACGUCAACUUGUAUUACGAUCCGCGGACGACUGUCCUGCCCAAGAAUCUUCUUGACGUCCAGCAGAAGCUGUAUGCCGAAUGCCAGGCGGUUUUUGAUGGCCCCGAUUGGCAGGACAUGGAGAAGGUGCUGCGCGUCUCACGCAAGAUCGUCGCGCUGGACAAAGCAUCUCAAGCUUAUGCUGACAUGCACCCCGGCCACACGAACAAGGACGCCGGUGCGACGCUUGAAGCCUAUAAGGCUACCGACAAGCCAUUCGACUAUAAGCGGGUUCUCAAGGAUAUCGCAUGGAUCGACGACACGGAGCCAGGGCUUCGGGCCUCCGACACGCCUCGGCCCCAACUGUCCCACUUCAGUGCUCUCCACGACGCGCUGAGCACGGAGUUUCGUCGACAUAGCAUGACCGAGAACAUGGUCGAGAAGGCGGUGCAGCAGAUGAAGCAUAUCAUCGUCUUCAAGUGCCAGCAAGACUGGGAAGCCGACUUCAAAGAUCCCGACGCGAUCCCGCGCGCAAUGAAAGAUGCUGCACAAGAGCAUCUGGGUGAGUGCCUGGCUCUUCUCGAUGGAUUUGGCUGGCAGGACUACGAGAACCUAUGCCGCGCCGCACAGAAGGCACAAACCAUCAUGGAUGCUCAGACGGCGUAUGUGGACGUGAAGUGCGACUUCUACAAGUCGGCGUACGGACUGCAAGCCCAGCAGAAGGCCGGGAAGCAGUACGCCGAGAAUGUCAUCAGCAAACUUGAGCCCUUGUACGAGUGCUAUAAGGGGAAUAAGCGGGAACGCGAUUCCCUUGCGAAGUCGAUUUCCCUACACAACAAGCCGGGCACUGAUCUGUCGGAAGAGAUCCAGUGCUGGGCGGAAGAAUGCAAUGCGGAGGGCGACGGGAUACAGGGUCGAGCGAAAUCGAUGUUGGACACUGCCAUGCAGCACCUGGAGUGGUACAUCGAUGUGUUCGACAAGCUGUUCCGGCAAGAUCUUCAGGCCGACACGCGCACCGCGCUCGAGGACCUGGUGCGACUGCAGUACCCCGAUUUUAAGAGCCGCGUCGAGAAAGCGUAUAGCGCGUUCGACUUGCCGUUUAACCAGUUCCUUGGAAAUGCAGAUGAUAUCAUCAGCGGCAACGACCAGUUGUAG